UUGUGGGAUAGCUCUCGCCUUUUACCCGCGCCCCACUCUGGCCUGACCUUGGGUGUGUGAACUUUGCAACGCAGGGGAGACCAUGGACCCCAAACUCUCGUCAUGGCUGGCAUCGCUGGCACCGACCCAGGCACCCACACCACCGCCACCGGUUGGUCUUGCCACACACACUGCUGCUGCUGCGGUCGCACCGGUUCCGGCCACCACGGCUCCUGCUGCCGAUACAGAUGCAGGCGACGCCGAGCCAGCUCUGGCCCAGGCUGGCAUUCUCGAGCUCCCGGGCGCGUCUGGCGGACCAGGCUCGUCAGUCACAUCAACGCCGCGAACGCUGGACGCGCUCUCGUCGUGUGACUCGAUCACCGAGGACGAGCUUUCCGAGUAUGUUGGCAAGCGCGCUUCAUUCCACCGCUUUCCCCCGCUCCUCGACGGCAUCGAUCCGCGCGAUACAUUUUGCGCCAAGCUUCACAUCGGCUCUCCUGACGGCUCGUUCACCCCGAUUGUCCGCAGUGGCGCCGUGCUUGAGCUUCAGCUUGAGCUCCUGCCGGCGCGCGACCAUGUCUGGCUCCGCGGUUCGGCCGCUGACGCCAGCGGUGGCGACGUCCUGUUUGUGACCGACGUCUCGGCACCGGUACCGGCGGAUGAAGCUACACCGCCAAGGGACAGCUCAUGGCUGCUAUUCAAGGCGGCGCCUGCGCUCGGUGACGCCGCUCAGGUGGCCGGGGGCACCGGUAUUCUCGCCGGCCCAGGCCCGACUGUUUACGGCCUCGAGUUUGAAUCGGCCAUCGACGCCACAUCGUCGCAGACGGUUCUCGCCGAAGAGCGGGCCAAGCUACAAAAGGCUGCAUACUUUGAUGACCACGAAUGCGACGAUCUGAUCAUCGACGAUGCUGGCGCGCCGCGGCUGGCCUCGCUCGACAAGCUGCUCGACAGGCUCACAUUCUCGCGGGCGGACCGUUCCGCGCUCGACGACGCCGAGUUCUCCAAGUUCUUUCUCCUCACAUACCGCUCGUUCACCUCACCGGUCGACCUUCUCGCGGCGCUCUUUGCGCGGUUCAACCUCCCGCUGCCGGCGGUGCUUGGCGGCGACAGCAGCGCACUUGCCGAGUGGCAGACGACCAUCCGCGACAACGUCCGCGCGCGAGUCGUCAAGGUCCUCGCCCGCUGGAUCGGGCUGGGUGUCCGCGACUUUCUGGAUGAUCCCAUCCUCGAGUGCAUGCUCGCGUAUUUUCUCUCGGUCGUCUCCGAGGCCGGCUUUGGUGACAAGGUCGCCGAGAUGCAGGCGCAGUACCAGGCCGGCGUUGCCGACGAGACGCUCAACAUGCACCUGCUUGACAUUGUGCGGCUGCUGGAGACCAACGUCGAGCAGCGCGAGGCCAAGUGGCGGAUGAAAUCGGUCGGCCUCUGCUUCCAGGGCCAAGAUGCGGUCGACUACCUCUUCCACGCCGGUGUCUGUGCCUCGCGCGAGAACGCAGUCGCCGUCGGCGCCCAGAUCCUCUCGGCCGGCUUCAUCACCCACGUCUCGGGCGACGCCAACAUUCCGUUUGACGACAACUUUCAGCUCUUCCGCUUCAACCUCGAGGUGGUCGAGUCGGCUGCUCGCGGCAUGGGCUCCGGCUCGGGCAACCGCCCCACGCCCGAGCUCCCGCGCGACCUCAACUCGUUCGAGGUCGACGACCUGCCCAUUGUCGAGUUUGCCCGCCAGGAGACACUCCUCGAGUACGCGUUGUACUCCAAGAUCCAGCCCAAGGAGCUGCUUGGCCUCGCCUGGUCCAAAAAGGGAAAGGAGGAGCUCGCCCCCAACGUGCUCGGCCUCAUCCGCCGGUUCAACGCCAUGUCGCUCUGGGUCGUCACCGAAAUCACCCGCCGGUUCCAGCUCAAGGACCGGGUCAAGGCUGUCAAGUACUUUGUGGCGCUGGCGGCCAAGUUCCGCGACAUGGGCAACCUCAACGCUCUCCAGGCCGUCAUGUCCGGUUUCUCCAACAACUCGGUCAAGCGGCUCAAGUUUACCUGGGCCAAGCUCGACCGCAAGUCGAACGAGACCCUCACCGAGCUCCGUGAGCUGCUCGACUUUAAGGGCUCGUAUCGUAACCUGCGCAACUACCUCAAGCAUGUUGUCCCGCCGUGCAUUCCCUUCAUCGGCAUGUACCUCACCGACCUCACCUUUAUCCAUGAGGGCAACCCGGACGUGCUUGACGGCCUCAUCAACUUUGAGAAGCACUCCAAGGUUGCCUCGAUCAUCCACGAAAUGCUCACCUACCAGGCGAUUCCGUUUGCCCUCGAGACCGUGCCACAGAUCAAGCUCUGGCUCUCGCACCUUGACGGUGCCGACGACGACACCACCUAUGACUGGUCGCUCGACAUCGAGCCGCGCGAAGCCCAUGCCGCAGGCUCCAUUUCCAAGGAUGACACCACACGCUUCAAGUCGCUUGGCCGCCGGCCGCGCGUCUUUGCCUCGACCGCAGACUCGCUCGCCCGCGCCUCCAAGUCGGUCUCGGCUGUCCACAAGGCCUCACGGGCUCGCUCGGCCGAGAACCUUCUAGAGCUCACCGCCGACGACCCGGGCCUGGCCCGUCUCACCGCUCGCAUCAACCAUGUCCGCGCCGGCAUCGACCUAAGUGUGGCGACGACCGCCGGCCGAUCCGGCGACGCCGAUGCACCCGCCCUCAGCGCACCCGGCUCCGACGUCCUGGACGCUCGCAGCCGGACUGGGUCACUCUCGAUGGACAUCUCGGGCUCGUCGCGGUCCAAGCGUCGCCGCUCGCGCAUGCCCUCACAGCUCCUCUCCGCCUCGCCGACAACACCGACAACGCUGACGGCGGCGUCGGCACCAGACAGCAUGCUGCCGUCGGCCGCUUCCCCCAUCGAGCGGCUGCGGAGCCAGUCGGCAUCGGCGCGGGUCCGCUCCAACUCGCUCGGCGUCCGCCUCACCGACGCAGGUACCGGCGCAUCGCCGCCGGGACCGCCCACAGCUCCGCCGGCGGCAGCCGCCCCCACCGCGCCCGCCUCCGCUGCCGCAGCUCCCAAGUCGGGAAAGCUUCCCAUCACCCAGCUCAUCGAGGCUGCACUGGACCGUGACGGCAGACCCGGUACGCCGGUCCGCAAGGUCAAGGACCUGCUCGACGCCGGCGUCGACAUCGACGAUGUCAACGCCCGCGGAAACUCGGCUCUCCACUACGUGGUUAUCGACUCGCGGCUCGACGUCGCAAAGUACCUCAUCGCCCGCGGCGCCUCGGUCGACAUUCCCAACUUGCAGGGUGUGACCCCGCUCCACAUCGCCACGCUCCGCAACAACCUGCCCAUGGUCAAGCUACUCAUCAUGGCCGGCGCAGAUCCCGACGAAACCAACGCUGCCGGCCAGAACGCCCGCGACAUGACAACCAACCCGGAGAUCCUCGAGCUACUCGACCUGUAGCCCCCCCCCCC